ACUUUCCAAUCUCCGCGAGUCACCGAGAGAGGGCGCUCAUUACCGGGUAAACUACACGAAAAAAAUCGUCUGAAGUUUACUUGCAUAACUUGUGUACAUUGCGUAUCGACGUCGGCGCGGUUUUCGACUUAGCUUGCUGUAGAAAAUCACCCGCUUCUCAUACAUAAUUAUGCCAAAUACUCCAUGUGCUGUGCCGACGUGUUCAGGAAGAGGUGGACAUGAAUUUCCAAAGGAAAGAAAGAGGUGUAAUGCUUGGCGAGUGGCCAUACGACGGGUGAAAGAUGACACAGGCCGGUCAUGGUGGCCGUCUCUAAGUGAUGUUGUCUGCUCGGAACACUUCAUAACAUCUGACUAUCAACAGUUCGGAAAGUCUGGUGUCAAACUGCAACGAAGAAAGUUGAAACCAGAUGCUGUUCCAAGCCAGUUCUCAUGGACAAAGCAACCAACUUCUGCAGUUGUCUCAAGGACGAACCGCUAUACAGAACGCUGUGCAAAGAGAGAGGGUACCUGUGAUAGGAAUUCUGAUGAGCUGUCUCUGGAUGUUGAUGUUGACCUUGAUCUGGACAUUGCAAUGGUGGUAAAUGUGAACAGCGAAGAACAAGAAGUACAUGACCAGGCCAUCCAAACGGACCUGCCAGAAACCCUACCAGCAUCAGUAUCUGCACAUACACAGACAGACUCUGGGACUAAGGUACAGGGAUUUACAAUUCAUGAUUUCAAGAACGACCCCAAAGGAGUACACUACUACACAGGGCUUCAAGACUAUCUCAACUUCAUGGAUGUACUUGCUUCGCUAGGACCAUGUGCCUUUGAGUUAACAUAUGUUAAUGGAAAAAGGCCAUCCUUAUCUGUACCAGAUCAACUAUUUUUGACUAUAAUUAAAUGCAGGAGAUAUACAGUCAAUUUUGAAUUGAGUCGAAUGUUUAAGAUCAGUAAAUCGGAGGUAUACAGUAUCUUUGCAACCUGGAUUAGAUUCAUGCAUCUUCAGUGGAGAGAGAUAGAUAUUUGGCCAGAUAGUGACUUGGUCAGCUUUUAUGCUCCGUCUGAUUUCAAGGCCAAGUUUCCAAGCACUCGAACUAUCCUAGAUGGCUUUGAAUUCCCAGUCAAGAAGCCUAAGGCACCUGCUGCCCAGCAGGUAACAUUUUCAACUUACAAAAACCGUAACACUGCUAAAGCACUGGUUGGUAUAACACCAGGAGGUUUGAUGUCCCACAUGUCCGGUGCAUAUGGUGGUUCGACCAGUGACAGACAGAUGAUCGAGAGGAGUGGAUUAAUUAAUAAAGUCAACAAAGGUGAUUCAAUAAUGGCUGAUAAAGGUUUUGAUGUACAGGACUUGUUUGCACCAGUGGAUGUGACAGUGAACAUUCCUACUUUCUUCAAGAACAAGAACAGAAUGACAGGUGAAUCUGUUGCAAGAGAUAGAAAAAUAUCUAGCAAAAGAGUUCAUGUUGAAAGGAUUAUUGGACUUGGGAAAACAUAUAAAAUAUUGACACAGCCACUGAAUCACACAGAGACAAUUCUGUCUUCAGACAUUGCAUUUAUUUGUUUUAUGCUUGUUAACUUCAGGAAAUGUAUCAUUUCAAGAUAGUCACAUACCAUGGGCCUUAUUCAUGAGGAAGCCAUUUUGGUCGUGUUCCCUGAAUGUAUUUUAUAAAUUGUGGACUGUUGAAUGGGAUGGUGCUAGACUAUUUGUUUACUAUAGCCUCACUUUCAUUUUUUUUUUAAUUUGGCUUCAAACGUUAGGGCAUGGUUCAUCACAAAUUCUAAAUUAUUCAUCAGAGCUGACUGGUAUAAAUUUUUUAUUAACUUUAUGUCAUUGCUUUCAUUUCUCUUGGCAAGUUCCAAAAAUGAAGAUUUAACCUCACUUUCAAUUUAAUAUGGCCGAUUCAUGAAUGAAGCCCAUAACUCAUAGGGUGAGGACAAAACAAAUUUAAUACAUUUUUAUUAAGGAUCAAAAUAAAUCUGAAAUAGCUUUUCACUACAAAUUUGUGAGGCUUAACUUUUUUAUUGCUGGCAAGAAGUAAAUGCAGUAUUUAAAUAAGGCCAAACAAAAUAUUUCUGUUUCCGAUUUCAUGGCAUUUGAAAUAGGCUAGGUAGGUAGGGAAUUAUUUUUUUGCAAUUAGUUUGUUUUGAUCACAUAUAGGUGUCUGCCUGUAGCCGACUGAGGGUAAAAGGUAGUAAUGGAUGGUUUUGGAGUUUUUUUCGUUUUUUUUCCAAAACAAAAUUAGGGUCGGACUGUCAAAAUAGGGUAGGUAGGGUAACUGGACGCAGAAUUAUUAUUUUUGUUUGGCCUAUAUAUAUGUCAUACACGAGGUCACACUUCUCACAAAGAAAACAGAGUAUACUUGUAUAACAUGGUGUGAGGGUUGGAAGGCGAUAUUAGUUCCCCUCGGUAUUGGAAAUUGAGAAAAUAUAUUGGAGGCUAUUUCCACAUAUAUGUACAAUACUUGGUCACUAAAGUGUGCCGUGCAUCUAAAAAAAAGUACAACAAAUAGUAAUAUUUCUCUGUUUAUAUAACUUUAAAGUGUGGAGAUAGUUUCUCAUCCCCAAGGACAGUUUUCAUAGUUAUUUAUUUUCAAAAAUAAAUGAAAUAAAUAAAGGUUUAUCAGGAAAUGGAA